AUGGACACCGAGCUUAAGUGCAACAGGCUCACUUGCCGAAGUCCACUCAGUGACAAGGCUGUCGUGACCACUUGUACGUUCAGCUACCCAUGUUUCGGCGGGGGCACUGACGCGCGGUUAUCCAUUGAAGGCUCACAUAUAUUCUGCGUCGAGUGUGCCAAUGAACUAUUCAACGCAUCGCGUCUUUGCCCCGCAUGUGAAACCGUUCUCUCCGAACCAGAUGAUGUCGUGGUUUGCUCGCUCCAUCCGUCGAAUGACUACAAAACUUCUGUUCUUUCCGGUCUGGGUCCGCCUGUCGUUCUGGAGAUCUGCAGUCGCGCGAUAUCGUUCUGGCAGUACCAAAUUCAUCAAGAGAUAUCAUUCCAGCAAGCAGUAGUCCGGAGCGUCAACGACAAGAACGCCCAAUUGCAGAAACAGCUCGAGAACGUCGUGAGAGAAGCGAACGGAGAAAUCAGUCUGUUGAGCAACAAGAACGCAGUCCCAGAGCUCCAACGCGACCUUGAGCUCGAGAGACGCAAAGUGCGAGACCUACAAGAAGCAGCGCGGGAGCGUGAUAAAGAGUACCAGAAGCUCAAGGUUCUCGUCGCUGUCGAAAGCAAGAGCAACAGUGCUAACACAGGGAUGCAGGCUCAACACGAUAAGAUCAAACGCAAGGCCCUACUGGCUCCAGGGGCUGGCCCUCAGAUGUCUCCAAACGAGGAACAGCUGAAGUUGAAGGCAUUUGGAGAUGGGGGAAUGGUUUCUCAGCGAACGCCUCUCGUAACUCGGAGCGGCGCGAGCUGGGGGCAGGGUCAUCAACAGCAGCAAGGACUCCAAGUUCCCCGAUCGGCACGACGUGUGCAAACGCAUCGUCAGCCAUUCGCAGCAGGAGAUCGCGUGCACGCAUCGAAUCAGUCAUACUCAAACGCAUCCGACCGGUCGACGAGUAGCAACGAGGUGGAGAAUAUGCUGUUGACGAGCAACGCGGCCCGGGCUAGUGCGAAUCAUGGAUGGCAGACUGCGCCGAGUGUGUCGCGGAUGAAGACUGUGCCAAGAGCUGUUUUCGCGCCGCCAGGCGCACCCGUCCAACAAAGGAUGUCUGGCAACUUCAGAGCGGCCGGAAUGCAGCGUAGCGGUAACCAGAAAGCACAGCACGCUCAGCAUGCGGAAGCAGAACCCGGCGGUACCGCCAGUGGCGGGGUCAUCAUGGACGGUCGCCUCAACAUCGCUUGGGAGAGCGGCGAGAUCGGCGCCAUGGACAGCCCCAUCGUGCUCUGA